AUGAAUCGAGGAGAACCUCAAGAUAACAUUGUAACGCCGCCGCUGAGUUACCGCAAUUCUCCUUUGCUGACUCCCCCACCCACCGACGAGAAAAUUCCGACCGUCGUCCACCGGAUUACUAGUGCAAUUGAGCGAUACAAAAGAGGUCAAGACGUUCCAGAGAGGCGGCUCCUGAGAUUUCGUAUUGAUGAGCCUCAACAUCGGGAGUUGGAGAGACAGCUGUUUAAAGACGAGUUUUGCAGAAUCAAACUACGGUGCGAUUAUUUUCCUUUACAACGCCUCUUCAUUAUUCGAAUGCCCUCGCGUAUCCAUGAGCGAUUCCUUAUAAAAGUCCACGACGAAAUUAGACAUCAAUUACGCAGUGUUGAGGAAGGUCCCUCGUCAGAAUUUGCGCAGGGUAUUGAUUUCGAAGGCUCAGCCACAUUCAUUCCCUCAGACUCAGAAUACGGGCGACACGAUCCGGAUGGUUCAUUUCGUCAUGCCAAAGAACUGUUUCCUGGAUUGGUGACGGAAGCAGCAUAUUCGCAGGAAGGUAAGAUGCUGAGAGAUUUGGCAGACGACUAUAUCCUGGGCUCGGAUUUGAGGGUUCGCGCCCUGGCUGCCUUUGAUAUCUCUUACAAAAAGAAGACAGCUACAGUUUCAGUGUGGCGGCCACAGCUGCUGCAAGAAGAUAAUGGGGAAGUGUGGACCACUACCUCCGAAGUUCAAGUCUUCCGAAAUGACAACGGCGAGUCGAAUCUUGAUGCGCACUCUGGAUUACGCAUCCACCUACGGGACUUUGCAAGUGUCGAGUUUUGUGAGAUGUUUGGGAAUAUCGAAGGAUCUAUUUUUAUUUCGUGCGCCACUCUUUGUACCUUCCUGGACGAUGCAGAAUCGGACAUCGAUGUUAAACCAGUCGUCACGGCAAGGCCUGUCUUGCGAAAGCGGCGCCGGACACCAACACCAGAAGAGGAACUCGACACCGAUGACGAGAGAGACAUGAUCAAGGCGGAGGAACGAGCGGCCAAGAGAGCGGAUCGAGACGAUUCUUCAUUUAAGGAUAGCUCGUCAAUUACGAGUGGGAAUGGCUAG